AUGCUGGUAAGAUUAUUAAUUUAUCGAAAUUCUACAGGUGGUUGGGCAAUAGGCAUCAACUAUGGAUUACUAGGGAACAAUCUCCCAGCACCCGCAGACACGAUUUCACAACUUCAACAAUUAAACGUCUCCAAAACACGACUCUUCAGCCCGGACCACGACGUGCUAACCGCACUACACGAUUCCGGCAUUUCGGUCAUCGUCGGAACAUUGAACGAAGACUUGGAAUCCCUCUCCUCCGACCCAUCCGCCGCCGCGUCGUGGGUGGAAACGAACAUCCUACCCCACUACUCUUCCGUCGACAUCACCUGCCUCUCCGCGGGCAACGAAGUCAUCCCCGGCGACCUCGCGCAGUACGUCCCCGGCACGAUCCAGAACCUCGACGCCGCCCUGAUCGCCGCCGGAAUAUCCGAUAUUCCCGUCACCACCGCCGUCUCCAUGGGGGUGCUGUCCACCUCAUACCCUCCCUCGCAGGGCGCCUUCUCCGACGAGUCCUUCGCCGUCAUUUCACAGAUCGUGAAUUUCCUGGCGGAGAAGAAAAGUCCGCUUCUGGUCAACGCGUACCCGUACUUCGCGCGCGUGGGGGACCCGAUGAACGUGGAUCUGAGAUACGCGCUCUUCCAGGAGGGACCGACGGUUGUGCACGACGGCUCGCUCACCUACACGAACAUAUUCGACGCAAUGGUCGAUGCGGUGUACUCGGCGCUGGAGGAGAUCGACGGCGGAGAUGACGUGGAGGUGGUCGUGACGGAGACGGGGUGGCCGUCCGGCGGAGGGAGGGACGCGAGCGUAGAGAACGCCGAGACGUAUGUGAAUAAUUUGAUCGGACACGUGUCGUCCGGACGUGGAACGCCGAAGAGGCCCGGCCGGGAAAUCGAAACUUACAUAUUCGCCAUGUUUAAUGAAAAUCUGAAGCCCGCCGGAGUUGAGCAGAACUGGGGUUUGCACUAUCCAAAUCUCACACAAGUUUAUCAAGCUAACUUCUCAUCAACCAAAGUUUUCAUACAAUAAAAUAAUAACGCCAAUUUAAUUUACUUCAUUCUUUUUUUUUUUUCCC